AUGGAAUUUUCUUGUUUAAAAACACAAAGCAAGAAAGGUCCGGGAUUACGACUAGGAGGAGGAGCUAAUAAUAAUGUCGAGUUAUCAUUUUCAAACUCUGGAAAUAAGAAAGAUACCAAGAAAAAAGGGAAAACGACGACUUCAACAAAAAAGAAAUCAUCAUCAUCGACAACUAAUAAUGCGUCAUCAAAAGGAAAAUCGAAAACGAAUCAAGUAAAUUCUAAAAAAAAUAGUAGCAAUAAAGUUGAGGAAAAAAAGAUGCCACAAUUUAUUCCAACCACUGUUAAAAAACUCGCAAACGCAUACCCUGAUCAAUAUUGGCGUUUUCACGCUGAAAGUGGAGAUGGAAUGAUAAAUUACCUUAACGAUCAACAUCAACUCGAAUUGGUAAAUGUGGAUGUACGCGACCAAGGACCAAUUACGGGAAUGACACUUUCUCAAGAUGGUACGAUGUUAGUGACAUUUUCUAAUGUAGGAUCUGCUAGAAUAUGGGAUACAAGUGAUUUUAGAUUGAUUCAAAAAUUAAGAGAUACUGAGGAAGAAAAUAUAGAUGAAUUUUUUGUUGGAAAAUUUAUUCCUGAACAAAAUCGUAUUGCUAUUGGUGGAAAAUUAAAAAAUCGAAGUCUUUGGUCAAAAGAUGAUGAAGAUAACCAUAUUUUACCGUGUCCUCUCAAGAUCUUUGAUGUGUUGACCGGAAAAGUUAUUACAAAACUAGAAGGUCAUUGUGAAGAAAUUUUAUGCGUUAAAGAUGUCAUGUACAAAGGAUUGCCAUAUUUUAUAACUACUAGUCAAGAUGGAUAUAUUAUUAAAUGGAAAAUGCAAGAUGAUUGGACUACACUCAUUAGUAAACAUCGAAUGAUUGAUGGAGUCACAUGUAUGGCUUUUACGGUAUCAUUUGUACCAAAUACUGGAAAUAAAUAUUUUAUGGCAGCCACGGAUGAACACGUAAAAUUAUAUGAUUUUGAAGCAGCACAGCUUAUACAAACAUUUUCAGGAAAUAUGUAUUCACAAUAUUGUGAUUGUGGAAAAUUUAUUCAUCCCGUGGAACCAUUAGAAGACGAAGGUCUUACUUGUGGUAAUGCAGAGGAAGGAUCUAAUAAACCAAGAUUUGCCUAUUUUGUUACUCGUGGUGUUGAAAUUUUAGAUGCUGAAGGCGGAAAGAUUGCGGGUCAACCAUUUGAACUUAAAGAAAUACGAAGGUUUGGGCAUAAAGAUUAUCAUUCAAAUUCAUGGCUUAUAAAGAUUUCAUCAAAUGGACGUUAUCUCGCAGCUCCAACAAUGACUGGACAAGUUUUCAUAUUUAGAUUGAGAACAGGAGAAGUUACUUCUAUAUUAAGAGAUCAUGAAGAAGUCAGAGAUGUUAUAUUUCAUCCUUGGAAACCUUUGUUAUUUACUAGUGCUGAUGAUGGUUGCAUUAAGAUAUAUACUUAUAAAGAUACACCUGAUCAACAACAAAAUUCCAUGCAAAUUGAUCAACCUCUCGACCUUGAUCAACCGCUCGAACUUGAUCAACCACUCGACCUUGAUCAACCUCUCGAUCUUGAUCAACAACAAAAUUCCAUGCAAAUUGAUCAACCACUCGAUCUUGAUCAACCAUUCGAUGUUGAUCAACAAUUUGAUCAACAAUCCGAUCGACAACUCGAUCAACAACUCGAUCGACAACUCGAUCGACAGCAACUUGAUCAACAACUUGAUCAUAAAGAGUAA